CUUACAAUAGCUUAUAAUAUUAUUCAUAAUUUAUCAAAAAUGUCUCGAAAACAAAGUGCAAAAGAUAUUUUAAAAACCAUUGGCCAAGAUUCAUCCCAUCAAUCUAAAUCUUCUACUUCGACUCCUAAACCAUUGCCUACUUUGACCCAUAGAACACAUAAAAGAGUUAUAUGCAAUUGCCUAAAGUGUAAAGACAAGUUUGUUGAUCCUUGUACAAAAGAGCAACACUCUUUAACUACUAGCCAACAAUUGUCUCAAACAGAUUUAAAUGGGAUAAAACAACCAGCUCUAUCUAAAGAAUUAAGUAGUCUAAAUCAAUUAAGUAGCCUAAGCCAACAAUCGGUAACAACAAUUGAUUCGUUGUCAGAUAUAGAAAGAGAUGAUAAUGAACUUUUAUCUAGCCUUGAUAUAGAUAACUUAUCGUUUUUAUCAAAAAAACGCCAACAAACAUCAAGUGCUAAAAUAAAUAUUUUAAAUGCAGAAGAACAAGUUAUCACUUCGGCAGAUGAAAAAGAAUUAGCCAAAGGUAUUCAAUAUAGCAAUAUUAAUAAAUUUGAAGAUUAUUCAGCACCGAAUAUUGAUUAUGAAAAUAAAUCUCAACCUAGACUUAGAAUACCAUCUAGUUUUGAUGAUAUAUUAAUUUGGCUAUUAAAAUUUCAAAGUAAUUUUAAAGUGCCUGAAACAGCUACCGAAAUUUUAAUUAAAUAUAUUCGUCAACUAUUAUGUGAAUUUGGUGAUAAAAAUCUUUUUAAAAAUUUUCCAACCUCAAUGUAUAUGCUUCGAAAACAUCUUAAAAUCGGUAACUUUAUAACAUAUUCAGUAUGUCCAAAAUGUAACAAACUAUAUACUGAAAAAGAGAUUGUUGAUUCACGGGAUAAUAAUAGACAAUUAUCAUAA